CUGAGGAAUGGUUCUCCCUCCUCCCUAGAGAGCCCCCAGUUCAUCUGGCUCCGGAGUUGAGGUGCGGGGGCAGCGAGGGUGCCUAUCGGAUUCCGCCCUCAGAGCCACAGGCGGCCCCGCGCCCAGUCCCGCCCGCCCCUCCGGCCGCCUCUGCCGCCGCGCGCUGCAGCAGCGCCGCCUUCCUUGCGCAGUCGGUGUCUCGGCGUUGCUGGGUGGGACUUGGCUCUUCUGCCAUGGGUAAGCAGAACAGCAAGCUGCGACCAGAGAUGCUGCAGGACCUUCGAGAGAACACAGAGUUCUCCGAGCUGGAGCUACAGGAGUGGUACAAGGGCUUCCUGAAGGACUGCCCCACUGGCAUCCUCAACGUCGAUGAGUUCAAGAAAAUCUACGCCAACUUCUUCCCCUAUGGCGAUGCCUCCAAGUUCGCCGAGCAUGUCUUCCGCACUUUUGACACCAACAGCGACGGCACCAUCGACUUCCGGGAGUUCAUCAUUGCUCUGAGCGUGACCUCGCGUGGCCGCCUGGAGCAGAAGCUCAUGUGGGCCUUCAGCAUGUACGACCUGGACGGCAAUGGCUACAUCAGCCGGGAGGAGAUGCUAGAAAUUGUGCAGGCCAUUUACAAGAUGGUUUCGUCCGUGAUGAAGAUGCCAGAGGAUGAGUCGACCCCGGAGAAGAGAACUGAGAAAAUCUUCCGCCAAAUGGACACAAACAACGACGGCAAGCUGUCACUGGAGGAGUUCAUCCGCGGGGCCAAAAGCGACCCAUCCAUCGUGCGUCUGCUGCAGUGCGAUCCCAGCAGCGCCUCCCAAUUCUGAGCUGAGAGGAGCCAGCUCGCCUCCCUGCCUUCACCAGGCCUUCCGGCUCUCAGCUUCCUCUCCCUUAUGUCUAUCCAGGCUGGGGGCCAGACUGGGGAUCCCUUUCUGGGAUCUGCACUGUGGGGGGCCUCUGGAGAAGCGAACC